AUGGCGGAUGAGCGAACGAUCAGUAUGUUAAAAAAGAAACGCGGCAUUAUCAAAAGUCAAUUAUCGAAAUUCACAACAUAUAUUGACAGAUUUAAUGAUUCGAGAAACUUGACGGAAUUAACUGCGCGACUAGAGAAGGCUGAAGAUUUAUGGGCAGAUUUUGACAAAAUACAAACGGAAAUCGAGUUAGAGGAUGACACCGAAACGCAAUCUGAGCAUCGCGAUGCGUUCGAAACAGCAUAUUUUAAUGUAAUAGGUAGGGCGAGACAGCUUAAACAUGCGGGAUCACAACAAGCGAGUUCAGAUGUACAGCCACAAGCGAAUCACACGUGCGCUAAUCAAAACGUAAAUUUGCCCAUAUUGAAAUUGCCAGAGUUCAACGGAGAAUACAGUAAAUGGAUACAGUUUAACGAUACAUUCAAUGCGAUAAUUCAUAACAACAAUACGUUGAAUAUCACGCAAAAAUUUUAUUAUUUAAAGUCAUGCUUGAGUGGAGAGGCCGCUCAAGCAUUAGAUACAUUAGAGGUAUCGGACGCGAAUUAUGAGGUCGCUCGGGAUAUCUUAAGACAAAGGUUCGAAAACAAAAACAUUAUAAUACAUAGUCACGUAAGGGCUUUAUUCGAAUUAUCACAGGUAAUUAAAGAUUCACACACAUCUCUUAGAAGCCUCAUUGAUAGCAUGUCACAACAUUUGCGAGCUCUAAGGUCCUUGGGACAACCGGUCGAUGAAUGGGAUUCGAUGAUCAUUUUUCUUAUUACGUCAAAGUUAGAUACGAUAACGCGUAGAGAAUGGGAAAAGGCAACGGUCAAGCAUAGCGAAUUACCAACCACCAAUAGUUUCAAGGCCUUUUUAAACGAACGUUGUCAAUUUCUUGAAAAAUUAGCAAGAGACGAUAAACAGACGAACAAACAAAUUGGAAAUAAAGAAAAUAAGGAUAAAACAAGGUUAGGCACAUUGACGUGUUUAGCAUCAAACCUUGCAAAAUGCUUAUUUUGUAAGGGUUCGCAUAACAUAUAUUCAUGCAAGGAUUUAUUAAACUUAUCGGUAGAUAAGCGAUUAACACAAGUCAAGAAACUAAAAUUAUGUACGAAUUGCUUGAGAAGUAACCAUUUUAGUAGAGAUUGCAAGGCAGGUGGUUGUAAAAAAUGUAGCGGUAGGCACAACACGUUAUUACAUUUCAGUGACUCCAAAGGCGAAAAUGAGAGAGACGAUCAUUCGACUGCUAAUACGAACAGUGAAAACAGCGCAAAGGAAUCGGCGGUGGCCACACAUGCAUUACAAAUAAACAAUAAUUCAUAUAUACUGUUAGCGACGGCCAGGAUUGUCAUAUUCGACAACAAUGGUAAGCCUCAUCAAUGCAGGGCUCUAUUAGAUAAUGGAUCGCAGUCAAAUUUUGUUACAAAACGUUUGUCUCAAAAAUUAGGUGUCGCGGGAACGCCUAUAAAGCUUCCGGUUUGCGGAAUCAAUCAAAGUGUAACGACCAUUUCACAUAAAAUCAAUGCCUCCGUUAAGUCGUUUUACAAUGAUUAUAAGGCCGAAUUGUCAUUCUUGGUAGUUGAAAACAUCACGCAAGAAUUGCCAAACAAAUUUUAUAAUAUUUCAACAUUAAACAUACCGGAUGAUCUAUCAUUAGCGGAUCCGCGUUUUAAUUAUCCCGAUAGGAUAGAUCUACUGUUAGGCGCGGGUAUUUUUUUGGGAACUUCUUUGUGCAGGACAAAUUCAAUUAGGUAA